AAAAGAGCCAGCAGUGAUGAUGCCUUGACGAAGCCUACACUGGGAGCGGCUGCCUCUGGCUCCCGGAUGAAAAAGACUGUAACCACUGGAGCCAUCUCAGAUCUGGUGGAGGCCCGACCUCGCAGCCUGUCGGUGCUUUUGAAGGCUUUGAUCACAGCCCGGAUUUCACACUGCAUCCACGCAUUUGGCAUCAACUCACACCUGGCCCCUUUUUAGGUUUGUUGACCAGAGUUCUGGCAUCCAGUUUGAAAUUCCUCUCUUGUAGAAGUGUAUGACCCCAGCAAGUCCCCUAAAGACGCAGCACAGAGAGAAAUGGUCCUGCCAGAUCCUGAAAGAGGCCCAGAGAGAUGGACGCCCUGCGGUGAGGAGAACAUUCUUAGCGGGAUUAGAGGCAUGUUUGUUUACCGAUGUGGAUUUGCUGCUCCGAGAUGAGGAGAGGGGAGAAUAUUAAGAGAGGGAAGUGUUGCCACAGUUAAUGCAACAUUCAUUAGAUAUAAAAAGGCUUGCAACUGGGUACAGCAUUUCAUCAAAGGGUUGAAUAUUCAACCUAACGUGGGCAGCAUCAUGCAAGACCUUUCUGGCAACUAGUGGAAGAUUCUUCUAAAAAUGCUUUUCUGGUUUGAUCUGCAGUGUUUCUUUAAAUACAUAUUGAGCAGAAAUGCAGAGACCGCUUUAGAUGUUGAAUGCUUUAUGAUCCUGCCUUUUUAAUUUAAUUUUUCCAUGGUGCUUUUCAACUGAAAACACGAAGGCAGCUCUGAGCUUAUGCAACAGAGAUGCUCAGCCUACUCUCUAAAAAUAUCAGAGCUUAUCUGUGUCAAGUAUGGCUUUCAAACAUUGAUGCUGCAGUUGAGAAGAAUUUAGAUGUACAGAACUUGGGUUAUGCCCUUGGCUUUCAGUAUUCUCUUUUCCCCAUCACAAGAUAAAGUGGCAUAGUGAAGUCUCAUUGCAUCACUCAUUGGGGUCAGGCAAACGUACAGCUUUCUCCUCAGAUUGGUAUGAAUACAAAAAUGUAAUAAAUAAAUAAAACAUAUUUUUUGCCAAUAGAAUUAUCGUUUUUUUAAAGCUAUUUUUUAUAGCAAACUACCUUUAGUGUAGAUCAAUAGCUUCUGACUUCCUUGUGUUUUGAUCAUCCAAGAAGGGUUCGUAACGUUAAAGAUUGGGUACAGAAAAAAGGGAGCAGUACAACAGCAAAUGAAAGGUCCUUUUCCCUUCCAACUUGGUUCCUUCUCAUAAAUAUUCAACACGUGCAUACAUUGUGAAUGAGAAAGCACAAAACACAACCUAGCUCCACCAACUCCACCAAAACUAGCACUCCACCCUGUCUUUAUACACAUGUAAGCACAGUCGCAUACACUCCUGCUAUUGUUCCGUGCUGGGCGUGCUGUAGGAGAGCAUGCUGGCAUUUUGUCCCUUACACUAUCGUCCCCAUUAAGACAGAUUUUUUUGCGGGUUGUGAUUUUGUGAGGGGACACGGUGUAAAGGAGACUUUGUGUGGGGUCCCAGGCUCCAAGUUCCCUUAGCAAGACAAGAGAUGCCCUGUCACCCCUCUGCCAAAAAUACAAACUAGUGCCCUAGCUUCCUUUCUCCCUGCUCCGCUUUCCUUCCUUCUUUACUCCACCCUUUUUUUUCUCACACACUCACUUGUCCUUUCUGUGCCAGUGAGAGGGACGGUUCAUCUCCCCAUUGUUCAACUGGUAUUGGUGUGAGUAAAGUGGCUGGCAGCGGUGGGAGGAGGUGUGUGUGUGUGCUGUGCAAGCCACUCCCCCCUCUGAGCUGAUUCCAGUCAUCACAGCAAUAAUGAAGUGCACACGACGCUGCCAGCACGCCAGCCUGCCAGUGUGACAGACGGUCACCGCUGUGGAGCAUACACACUCGCACACAUUCUCGCACACUCGCUGACGGGACGUGCAGCCUGCCUCCUCACACAUGCACACACUCGCUCACUCAGUCCUGGGAGAGGAGUGGAGCAAAGAAAAGAAGAAUAGGAGGGAAGAAGAAGGAGAAUUGUAUGGCUUCCUCUCUAUUUCACUGACCGGCGCUGGUUGUUGGUGCUGAACGGAGACACUCAAACACACACACACACACACACACACACACACACACACACACACACACACACACACACACACCUCCCCUGCAGCCACGGAUUCUUGGAUUAGUCCGCCCUGGUGUGGAGAGUGGGAGUCGCGGAGCAGACCAACAUGGGGAACCAGGCGGGGAGACCGGAGGAGACAGAGUCAGGUGCACAAGCAGCCAAGAAGUCUGGUAUCCCAGCUCCUAGAGAAAUCGCUUCUUCCAUAACGAGAGACCGCAUCUCUCUGAGGGACCAGCUCAGGAGCAAUGCCACUAAGAAGAUGGUUUCUAGUGCCAGCACCUCCAGCCUUUCCACUCUGGCAAAGCCCCCACGUAGUUCAGCCACAAAGUCCCGUGGAGAUGCCGAGAGCCAGGAAAGGGGCUUACUGGAGACCCAGGUGAAAGAGCUGCUCGCUGAGGCCAAGGCCAAAGACAUAGAGAUCAGCAAUCUCAGGAUAGAGUUGCAGCGCUGCAAAAGUAAAGCCUCCACUGCUCCCUCUUCACCAUCAAACAAUUGUGUCGCCUGGGAAGAGCCUGCUGCCGAUGGAGAGCAGGGACAGGUGUCGGAGGCGCUCGUGCUGGUUGGGGAACUGAGGGAGAAGAACGGGAAGUUUCAGAGAGAGCUGGCAGCGCUUAGGGAGGAGAACCAGACACUGAAAGAGAAGCUGCUGUUCUUAGAGGCCUCCCCUCUCUCUAGUACAAACACAAGCUCCCUGUCAAAGCCUUUGGUGAAUGGUCUCCCCCCAGACUCCUUAGAUCCACAGGACAGUCGCCCUUCUAAUGCCAGCCCUCUGAAAUCCUCCAUCUCCUCUGGCUCUGACAUCACCAAGGACUCACCAUCACCCGACUCCUCGGAGUUUGAGAAGAUCCCAUCACGGUCAGAGUCAGAGAGCAGUGGCGUCAGCGGAGGGCAGGAUGUGCAGAGGUUGACAGAACAGAUCCACAAGAUGGAGGAGAGCCACCACAGCACCGCGGAGGAGCUGCAGGCCACUCUGCAGGAGCUGGCCGACCAGCAGCAGGUGGUGCAGGAGCUGACGGCUGAGAACGAGCGCCUGGCCGAGGAGAAGCGCCUCCUGCAGACCUCACUCCAACAGCAGAGGGAGCGCAUGGAGGUGCUGGUCCAAAAGAACGAGGCGCUCGCCGGCCGCCUCCAGGAGCAGGUCGAAGCUCAGGCACAGAGGGAGGAGGAGCUGGGCAGCCAGGGGCCCCGGCUGGCAGAGCUGGAGCAGAGGUACGGCGAGCUGGUGGAGAGCUCAAGCUUUGAACGGGAGAAGCUGGUAGACAUCCAGCAGCAGCUUACAGGCAGCCUGCGGGCUCUGGAGGAGGAGCACCAGGAGGCCCAGGGCCAGGUUCGCCUGGUCAGAGAGGAGAUGGACAAGCUGCAGGCCCAGCUGGACAGAGAGCGUGAGGCUGGAGCUCAGGUAGCACUGGCUUCAGAGGAGCAGCGGGCCACAGCAGACUGUCUCAGACUGGAGAACAGUAGGCUGAAAGCGCAGGUGGACAUUGAAAGGCAGAAGGCUGGGGAUCUGAAGGCCCUGCAGAGUGCCAGUGACAGCAGUGAGGUGCAGAACCUUCUGAAAACAGCCCAUACCGAAAGAGACAGGCUGGAGGUGGAGCUGACGGAGCUGAGGCAGGAGCUGCUACAGGCCCAGGCCGACACUGAGCAUGUGCGAGCCACAAUGAGCAAGGUGGAGGCCAAAUGCCAGCAGGUUCAGGAGCGGGCCGAAAGGAGGGAGCAGGAACUGGGCAGCCGAGUGACUUCCCUGGAGGAAGUCGAGGUCCACGCUGAGAACCAGGUGAAGGAGCUGAAGGAGACCAUCUUUGAGCUAGAGGACCAGGUGGAGCAGCAGAGGGCCGUCAACUGCCACACCAAGCAGGCCGUCCUGGACAUGGAGAAUCUUGUCAAAAAGAUGGAGGAGCAGAAAGCAGAAGCAGACCGCCAUACUAAAGUCUUGAGUAGACAGAUGAAGGAUGAAAAAGAAGAAUGGCGUCGGUUCCAGGCGGACCUCCAGACGGCAGUGGUGGUGGCCAACGACAUCAAGGUGGAGGCUCAGCAGGAACUGCGUACUCUCAGGAGGCAGCUGCAGGAGGAGCAGGAUCGCAGUGCCAAGCUCUCCACGGACCUGGAAGCCCUGCAGGGUGUCAGGUCCCAAGGUGACGAGGUGAGGCUGUCCGACUCUGAUAUCAACCGUCAGUGGUGCGGUAUCUCCGUGAUCCCGACCACACCCGGUGAUGCCAGCGGGGAGGCUGACUCUGAGCCCGGAGCAACUGUCAAAUCUCUCAUUAAGUCCUUUGAUACUGUUGGACAGAGUGGACCAAGCCUCACAGUUCAAAUGCACUCCAGCCCCAGAAGCCUGCUGAGUGGGAUCCCUGUACGCACUGCACCUGCUGCUGCAGUCUCCCCUAUCCAGAGACACACGUACAUAAAGCCGCUAUCAAAAACAUUGGAAAAAAGAAUCAACCAUGGAGAGUUCUCUCUCCAUCAUGAUAAGUUGUCAGGCUGUGGGGAGGACCUGAAACCUAAUAGCCUGAUGAGGAAGAGCCCUUCUCUGGAGUCUGUGAUCAAAACCCCUGCCUCCUUCCGCAGCCGCACAGCCUCCUUCAGCUACAACAGAGGAAACAGCAAGCUGAGUGUGGAAAGAAAGGACCCCUUGGCUGCACUGGCGCGGGAGUAUGGAGGAUCUAAGAGAAACGCACUACUGAAGUGGUGCCAGAAGAAAACAGAAGGCUAUCCGAAUAUUGAUGUGACCAACUUCAGCAGCAGUUGGAGUGACGGCUUGGCUUUCUGCGCCCUCUUACACACAUAUCUGCCCGCCCACAUCCCAUACCAGGAACUCAUCAGUCAAGAUAAGGUUCGGAAUCUGACCUUGGCUUUCCAGGCCGCAGAGAGCAUCGGGAUCAAACCCUCUCUGGACAUGGAGGAGCUGAUGAGGACGGACAGGCCGGACUGGCAGAGCGUCAUGCAGUACGUCUCUCAGAUCUACAAGUACUUUGAGACCUGACUGACGGGGGAGCAGGAGCUGGAGACCGAUGAACCGGAGGCACCACAGAACUUUUCUGUCACCGUCUGUCAGCGAGACAUCCCCUGAAUCCCUCCUGCUCACUGUCUGACACCAGAGACAUGACUGAAGACAUUUCAGAGGCUGAUUCUCAUAUCUAACAGGGCGUUACAGUGAACGAUGAGGCCAUCAUUUAAAAGACUGCAGUCAGGAAACACAUUGCCUUCUUCAUCUUUUCACCCCAAAAAUAAAGAAUACAUGUAUUUCCUCUGACCUAUAGGGAUAUUUAUCAACCUGGAUAGUUUUGGCGUUAGAGAUAUCGGCCGUAUAGAGGUCUGCCCCAUUAUUUUGGAAACAGAUGGCACUCAACGUGGUGCUCAAAGUGUGAAUAAGAAAUACAUUUGAAAGCAAUGAAUUUUUUCCUGAAAUCAUUACCCAUUACUCAGGAUAAUCCAAACAUGUUGUUGUUGGCAGUUUCAUGUAGGAAAUACUUCCUUCUGCAGGAUAACAGCAUGAAACUACUCAUAGACUGAAGGCUUACGAGCAUUCAGCAUCAGCCGAGCAGCAACUUUAGCUAGCUUAGUGAUGCUAGGUGAGCUAGCUUGUGUGUUGCGGAAGAAACAGAAUAGUUCCUGACAGAAUGUACAUCUGUUAAAAACAUUGUCUGUGGAUUAUUUUGAGUGACAGGGUAAUGAUUUCUGCAAAAACACAUUGCUGAUGAGUAUUUCAAAUGUUAUUAUUGGUUCCAUCAUACUGCAGAGAAGGCAGGCUUCUCUAUGGGUAGUAACUCAAACACUGGGCAACUCGCAGCAGAACAGACUGAUAAAUAGCACUACAGGUCAAAUCUGUAUUUUAGAUUCUUUCCCUUUAAAGUGUCAACUGAGGAUCUGAUUCACAGAAUAAAAGCAGAGUAUUGUGAGAAAUACUUCUCAAGCUGUAGAUAGCACUCCUGAAGGAAGAUUAAGAAUUUCUUUGUCUAAAUCUUUCUGUUUCAAAUUUCAAAUAAUUGACAAGAAAACAAACUUUCUCACAAAACCACAUUCCUCCGUUUUUGUGAAUCCAAUGCUUUGAUACGGUCGAUACAUGCCAAAAAAUAAAUUGUGCCAGAGUGUCUAUGCAUGGGGAGAGUGUAACCUCAUCCCUCCUUUACUGAACAACAUCAGCAACAAGGGAAAAAGUGUGAAGACAAACUUUCGGUAAAUGUUUUUCCGUUGCUUUAACAAAUCGAUCAGUUCUCAUACUGAGUGCUUACUGUGGUGCUGGAGUUAGCAGAGUAUUAAACUGACAGAUCUGAGCUGAAGCUUUUAUAUUCCCCUCUUUUUAAGUGUGUGCUUCCUUCAGUACACAGAUCAGACGAACCCUUGCUGCUGUCUGCGAUGCAACACUAACAAAGAUUCAACACUACGAGAGUUACUGAAUAGUUUUGUAGGAAUAUUUUUUAUGGAAACAGAUCUCUAUGUUUGCAUUGUUUGAAGGACCGGCUGAAUCAAACUGUCCUCCCUUCAUCAAGACUCUCUGUGGUACUGCUGCUGCUUGGCAAAAUAUACAUAUUUGGCAUGCCAUGUUAAAUAAUAAAGAGAGGAUUACUUUUAUAUGUAAGAGUUGAGAAACAACCCUUUCUGUGUCACGGUUUACAUUUGCAGAUGCCCUUAUGGUUUGAAAAAUGGAAGUGUUAUUUAUUUAUUUACAAGACUUGAGAAGUGAGAUUGUGGACACACAUCAGGGUGCAGUUUUCUAUUAAAGGAUGUCACAUUUGAAGGCGUGUUGGAUGGAUAUGCUCAAUAAAGGAUUGUCAAGUU